GCUGUUCAUCGCAAAUGUGAUGUUAUUGUGAUGACCGUAAACAGCAACGUGAUGUAUUGUUUUGUCUUUUUUGUUCAAUUAUUCUUACAAUAAGCUAGCAUUUGGCUUGUACUAUGGUAGGUCGUCGUAUAGGUAGUGAUAUCAUGUUGGGACUUGCCUAUCUGUGGAUGAAAAAUGAUGGCAUUCCAUUAAGGCCGCCAUUAUAAAUUUGUAAACCAAUUUUGCAAGAGAAGACGAUUAACCCGAUAUGGACAUUGAUGUAACUCGUCUCUUUAUGCUUUGCUUUCCUCAUGAGAACGCUGAGGAACCUAAUAGAGUUUGUCAAAAGUGGGGAAGACCGUCACUUUUUGGACACCCGCCCAUCGCUUUACCCCGCACUUUAUUUUUUUUAUAGAACUGGUCCUCAUUUAUCUGGCUUCUUUUCCUUUAUAUAUGCGCGCUGAAUGUCUAUCUUGACCAUGCCCGAGUCAUCUUCUUAUCAGCAAGAGUUUCGAUACGUUGAUUCCUAUCCUCGGUCUUUGUCGUCUUUAAGUAGCCGAAACUCCUCCUCUCCCAUCCCCACCACCAAACAAGAUUGGCAGUAUCAAGCACCUGUUCCUUCCAAGUUGCCAGUUUCCUCUUUGACCAUGGACAUUCAUUCUUAUGCUGCUUACUGGUCGGAUGAGUCCCCAAAGCCAUCGUCCGUGAACGGAUCGUCCAUCGAUGGCGCGCAGUACAUGCCCUCGUCAGAUGACGUGAACUGGAUCACUCGACCUCAUCCACAGGAAGAUCUGGCCAUGCUAGACAACGAUUCUCUUCGAUCCCAUCCCGGUGCUUCCGCGGCAUUACAAAUGGACCCGAGUUUCCUGGAUCAUAUGCACUCGUCCCUCCCUGCUACUACCAGUACGGCGACGUCGUCGCCAGGUCAUACUUCCUACAAUCCUAUUUUGGCAUCGGCAUCGUCGUCGUCCACCACUGAUACCACCGUCCUCAGCUCCAAAUCUGUUUCGGCCAGUUCCCUUCAAGCUUCACAUCCUCCUUCCUCACUUGAUAUGGAGUUUUUACCAUCCAACCCCCACGAGUCUUACCAUUCCGUUUAUUCAGUACUACCUGAUCAAAAAGGGUUGCAAGAUAUGAACCCAUCCUUUGAUAUGCAAGUCAUGCCGACGUAUCAAGGCACCGAAACCGGGCCCCGUGAGAACUCUCAAGUAUCCAUGGCUCCCGCCUCUGCGGUCGAUAGCUAUGCUCAGGACCCACCGCAUCAGUUACAGUUGACAGACUUGGGAAGUAUUCACGAACAGCAUCAGCAACAGUUGUUACAGUCCUGGGUUGGUGUCACCAUGGGACGUUCGCCAAUGGAUUCUCCGCACCACUCACCGGGCAGUAUUCAUCCAACAUUUUCUUCCUCUCCUGGCUUUUUCAUGCCCACUUUCCUGGACUCGCUUCAGGAAGCGGAAAGCAGCACGACGUUGGUCAAGUCCAGCCAUUCAUCACUUCAAGGAGAUGACUAUGGAUUCCAAUUGUCGGAGCCAUCGACGGAGGGGGCAAACACCGAUCAUCACCGCGACACUACGAUGCGGUCUUUGGGUUGGCAAUCACAACACCCACAGCAACAGCAAGAGCAGCAACAACAAGACUCAUCCGCUUUACUACCGCUACAGCAACCCACGCAUUCCUUUACUGAACAAAAACAACAACUACAACUAUCCUCACACGAAUGUGCAGCAGCCGCGGCUCAACAUCAAUUUCAGACGUCUUCCUACGGUUUGAGUUCCAAUCAUUUGGAGACCGGUCACCCUGCUGGGGGUCACCUCCAAAACGGGCAUUUUGGCUCGUCUCCUCCCACUUCGCCCACACCAAAUCAGUCCUCAUCAUCUUCAACGAAUUCCUCUCCCCCUGUCACCCCAAUGUAUGGUAGACUGUCCAAUCUUUCGCUCCGCUCAGGUACCCCAACCCCAGCCCCUUCCAUUCCCUUUGGCAAUAAUGGCGCUUCCAUGCAUACUGGUUUCUCCGGCAGUCGGGCGGGAUCCUUGCUCAAUUAUUCGUCACCGAUGCCCGAAGGGUUCGAAGAACAGCUGCGUUCGUCGCGACGUGAUCCAAAUGACCCUCACGCAUUGAUGAUGAUUCGCAAACAGCAGCAAGUGGAUGUUGGCACCGCGAGACUUAUGCAAAGAGCCGCGCAUGAAGUCAGACUGAAACACCUUCUACAAAACUACCUACAAGCGGCCGAUCCUGUAGCGGUCGGUGAACGAACAGUGGUGAUUCUUACAAGCAAGGUCGCACAAAAGAGUUACGGUACCGAAAAAAGGUAAAUGAUAAGGCUAAAGCGCGUAAAAACUCUCUGGGAAAGCUGUAUAUCAAAAAAAAAAAAAAAAGAAAUCCAGUGCGGAGACACGGCGACAGGGAAAACCGAGCACAAGCCAGCCAGAUACUGAUACAUGAUCUUCC